AGAAUGAGUCCUCCGGGGUGCCGAUUCUUACCAUAGAGGUGGGACGGUCUCUCUCCGACUUCUCGGGGAAGAGCCGGAAGCGCGCUCGCCAUCCGGAAAUGACGACGUUUGAUGCGGCCAGUGCGAGGCCGCGGCGUUGCUGCUGAGGGCGGCGGUGUCGUAGAAGGCGAAGGCGGCGUUGGCCCGCAGGCGUCUCUGGAUUCUCCUUGCUGCCUCUUGACCCACCCACCCCGCCCAGCGCACCAUGGUGUCUUACCACAUCCGCAAGUACCGUCCCGGGGACCACGAGACCGUGCGGGACUUGUUCGCCACCGGCAUGAGCGAGUACGUGCCCACCCUCUGCCUCCACGUGCUGAAGCAGCCUUGGGUCAUCCUGAUCCUGGCUUGCACCUUCAGCCUCCUGCUGACCAGCUCCAAGUCGUUGCUCCUACCCAUCCUGGCCAUCACUUUGCUGUUGGCCGUCGGGCAGCAGCUCCUGGGUUACAUCUGGUCCAUGUACAUCGACCGCUGCCUCCAAGAGGACCUGCUGGACAUCCAGGCCACGUACCUGAGCCACAAAGGCUCGUGCUUUUGGGUGGCCGAGGUGGACGAGUGCGUGGUGGCCACCGUCGGGGCCAGGCCCGCGGAAGGGCAGCGCAAGGAACUCACCUUGAAACGGAUGUCCGUUCGGAAGGACUACCGGGGUUUCGGCAUCGCCAAAGCCCUUUGCAAGACUGUGAUCGGUUUCGCCCGGGAACACGGCUACUCUUCGGUGGUGCUGAACACCCUCAUGGUCCAGCACGAAGCCCGGGCGAUGUACGAAGGGGUUGGCUUCCGCAAGUACCACCACUACGUCCUCCCCACCAUCUAUGGCAGGCUGGCCCACUGUACGAUUUCCAAGUAUCGCUACGACCUCCCUAGCGCCGAGUGAGGCAACCUGCCUGAGGAGGUUGCCUUCCCGGUGAUUGGCUGGAUCCGCCCUGGCGCCCCCCCCCCCCCCCCUUCCUUCAUUCCUCCACCUGGGACGCAUCUGGUGGGAAAGCCAACCCAAGGGCGGGCAGGGGGGUGAGGCUUUUGACACACACUGCGAAAGAGUUGUGUCUCUCCACUUCUGGAUCUUGGUUUUUCAAGGAAGGGCGUUCUCAGUUUUCAAGGAGGGCUUAAAAACUUUGAACUGCAAAGGUUUUAGCGACGUGGGAAGGAAAAUUCACACACACACAUACACCCCGGUCUCCUCGCAGUGUCUUUGCAAGUGAGGAGGAGGGGGGGGGAAAAUUCUACAUUUUUAUUUGCAGAGAAGAAGCAUUUCGCCAUCUGCCGCCAUUGGCCAUGGAAUUGGGAGGGGUAAACAAUUUUAAAACUCACAUACAUCCAGAGAGCUGUUCACAUAGCUGUUCACACCCAGAAUAAACACCCUGUUGCCUGUUUUUAAUCCAGGGUGCCUUUUUAUAUUUUUUUUGGCCUAUCGUGCUUGACUUUAGAAGGAGCCUCUUCCGCCCUUCUUCCAAGAUACCCAGCCACCUGGCAUUCUGCUGACUUGGAGACAACGAAAGCUUGGGGUAAUAGAUUAACAGAUAAUCACAGUUGGAAGGAACCUUGUAGGUCAUCUAG